AUGAAGAGUCCCCUUCUCGUUGAAUGUCUAAAAACGCGUUCAUUAAAUUGGAUAGAGGAAAACACCACAAAUGAUUGGCAAUACCGGGUUGCAUCGGAUAAAAAAUUAUUGUAUCCAUAUCCAACUUUUUCAGCCGCAUUACUGGCGUUUCUUCAAUCAUUAGUUAGGCAUCCAAUUGCCCAAAUGUUAUUUGUUCUCGAGGAAUUGUUCGUCACUAAAACUUUCAUAUCAAUUAGUCAACAAAAAAACAAAAAUCAAUUUUUAAUUUCAUUUCUACAAACAAUGUUCAUUGAUCCAAAUGUCUUAAAUAUUAAAGAUUUGCCUGAACCAAGACAUGAUCAAUAUAUGAUGCCAGAGCAUUAUUAUAAUUUAAAAUUCCCGUUUUCAUAUUAUUUUAUGAAAAAAAUUAAUGGGUUCAGGGUUAUAUGGGAAAACGAACUUGUAAAACUUGAAGAUCCAGAAAAUUGUGAUGAUAAUCAAGAACUUUUACAUGAUGUUUUCGAAAAUACUGUUAAAAGACUUAGUGAUAACAUCAUAGCAUCAUUUCCGGCCAUUAACGAGCAAGCUUUUAAUGAUUCUUUAGACUUGUACCUUGAAGAUUUUGUAACAGUUAUAAUUGCAAAUGAUGCUUACAUGAAAGAUCCUGUGUUACUUGAGAGAUUAUUAAGGCAACUUAUUGUAAAGGACAAAAAACUUGAUCCUGUUCUUCUUCAUAUUUUUUGGUGGGAAAAUUCUUUCCAGAAUAUUUU